GAAGACGAUUGUAGAUACUAACAAUCGAAACAUCAUGAAAACCACAUGAGUGGCAACCAAGAUGGAGGGAGUGAAAUAUUCGAGUGUCCAGGGGAAAAAAUCACAUCCCAUGUAUCAGGGAUCUUUCUUGUCCAGGCUCUUUUUCUGGUGGUUACCGUCAUUUCUGUGGAAGGGCUUGAAAAAAGAAAUAGAAGAAGACGACAUAUAUGAAACUGAGAAGUCGCAAGAAUCAGCCUUGCUUGGUGGUAAAUUGGAAAUUGCAUGGAAGGAGGAACUGAACAAAGAGAAUCCCUCAUUAGCAAAAGCACUGUUCAGGGUUUUUGGAGGUGAAUUGGCCAUAUUCGCCGUAUACCACAUAUUCGCUGAGUGUGUCAAAAUAACACAACCCAUAGUCAUCUACCACAUGCUUUCCCUAUUACAAGAUAAGAACCCAGACGAAGAUAACGGAAAGAUAAUCACCUAUGCAGCCUUUGUAGCCUUAGUAGCAUUCCUCAGAGCGGCAAGCUCCCACAACUAUCAAAUGAGUAUCGUAUUUUUAGGAAUGAAAGUUCGUAUAGCAGUUUGCUCUCUCAUAUACAAAAAAUCACUGAGGUUGAGCAAGUCUGCCCUUGCCGAAACGACCAUAGGGCAGAUGGUCAACUUGUUGACUAAUGACGUUGGGAGAUUCGAUACUGUAGCUCAAUUCUUCCAUUAUUUGUGGUUUACUCCAUUUUUGUUACUUGUAGUGGGGUAUUUUCUAUUUAUUUACGUCGGACCAAGUGGAAUUGUUGGAAUCGCAUACCUGGUGGGGUUAUUCCGAUACAAAGUGAUGUAUUUGGCAAAGUUGGUAUCUAAAUACAGAUUGCGUACAGCUACGCGAACGGAUGAAAGAGUUCGACUCAUGAACGAAAUUGUUUCUGGGAUACAAGUAAUCAAGAUGUACACCUGGGAGAAGCAAUUCAGUAAACUGACUGAAAUCAUAAGAAGGCAAGAAAUACACCAAAUUAAACUAUCAUCUAUAGUCGGAGUGCUGAAGAGAACCUACUCCAUGAUUUCCGUGAGAAUUGCCAUUUUCAUCAGCAUUUUAACAUACGUCUUAACAGGAAACACACUUACUGCCAAGUACACAUAUACAGUGCUUGUAUUCUAUGGAGUACUCAGAUUAUCGAUGUUGGCCUAUUUCACGGAAGGUCUCUCCUUCUGUGCUGAAGCGAAAGUUUCUGUGAAGAGAAUACAGCAAUUUUUAUUAUACGAAGAACUGAUGGAAACCGAUGUAACGGGAAACACUUCAUUCUCAAACGGUACAAAACCAUUGGCAAACUUCAAGAAAGAAGAAAUCGGAAUAUGCAUAGAAAACAUGUCGGCUAAGUGGGUGAAGAAGUUACCCGAGAACAUUUUGCAAGGAGUCAACUUCCACGUGGCCAGCAAUCAACUGGUAGCUAUCGUAGGUCCGGUAGGAGGUGGUAAAACGACUCUUCUAAACGUUAUUCUGAAAGAGCUAACUCCUACUGAAGGUUCAGUAGAAGUGAAAGGAACUAUAUCAUAUGCCUCCCAAGAAUCAUGGGUAUUUGGAGCUAACGUCAGGCAAAAUAUCUUGUUCGGGCAAGACUAUGAUCCCAAGAAAUACGAUGAAGUUAUUAGGGUCUGCGCUUUACGAAGCGACUUCGCUCGAUUCACUCAUGGUGACAGAACCCUUGUAGGUGAAAGAGGUGUCACUCUUAGCGGGGGACAAAAAGCACGAAUAAAUCUAGCAAGAGCAGUAUACAAAGAAGCAGACAUUUACCUCUUAGAUGAUCCACUAUCAGCUGUAGAUGCUCGAGUUGGCAAACAACUCUUCGAAGAAUGCAUUUCUGGAUACUUGAAAACCAAAUGCGUCAUUCUCGUAACACACCAGCUACAAUACCUCAAGAAUGCAAACUGCAUAUACUUAUUGAAAGAUGGCCAAGUUCAUUCGUCAGGUACCUUCGACGAGUUGAAAAAUUCUGAUUGCGACUUCACGAAACUUCUUGAAGAACUGGAAGAAGUAAAGAAGAAGGAGGAGGUUCCUACGGAAACCAUUGUUGAGAAAGAAGAUGACGUUGAUGAUGAAAAGUCACUCAUAAUCCACCAGAAAGAAAAGAAAGCCAGUGGAAAGGUAACAUGGCAUGUUUAUGAAAGCUACCUCAGAGCAGGAGGAGGAUGGUGCAAAAUAUUUGUCUUACUAUUGGGAUACAUGUUAAGUCAAUUGUUUGACAGUGUGACUGAUUAUUUUCUGUCUAUAUGGGUCAACUUGGAGCAAAUGAAGUCAAUGCAAAGAAACGAUACCUUCAUUUCAGCAUCAUAUCCAGUCGAUAGCUUAUCGAAUAGUACCACUCAACAUGUAGCAACAAAUACAGACAGCUUUCGCUCUGGAUAUUGGUUGAAGCCCAUUCUAACUCCUGACAACACACUAAUCAUCUAUACUUUUUUGAUACUAGCGACUAUUGCUGUAACAGUCCUGAUAAGAAUAGUGUUCUACAGAAGUUGUUUGAAUGCUUCCAUCAGGCUACAUGAUAGAAUGUUCAGUAAGAUUGUGCACUCGACUAUGAGAUUCUUCAAUUCAAACCCUUCGGGACGAAUACUCAACAGAUUUUCCAAAGAUAUAGGAAUUAUUGAUGAAGGCAUACCAGUGACAUUUGGAGAAACCAUAUCGAUUGGUUUUUCGGUGAUUGCUACAUGUUCGAUGGUCGCGAUACUCAACCCAUGGAUGAUGAUUCCAAGCUUCAUAAUUUUUCUAGUAUUCUACUUCAUGAGGAGAGCCUUUUUAGUAUCAAGCAGGAAUAUAAAACGCAUAGAAGCUAUAACACGCAGUCCUGUUUAUACCCAUCUUGCAGCCACGCUUCAAGGAUUGACUACCAUCCGAGCCUUUGGCGCAGAAAAAAUCCUUUCCAUAGAGUUCGACAGAUUUCAAGAUUCCUACACAUCCGCAUAUGUCAUGUUUACUAGUGCGACUCGUGGAUUUGGGUUUUGGAUGGACUUCCAUUGCAGUAUAUAUAUUUUACUGGUAAUGGUCAGCAUUUUGUUUAUCGAAAACGAUUCAUAUGUUGGCAAUGUUGGUUUGUCAAUAACUCAAGCGAUCAGUCUGACCGGAAUCUUUCAAUAUUUCUUGAGACAGUGGAGUGAAUUCGAAAACCAAAUGACGUCUGUGGAGAGGAUACAGGAAUACGCAGAUAUCAUUCCAGAACAGGAUAUCAUCACAAAAUCUCCUCCAAAAUCUUGGCCUGACAGGGGAAGAAUUGACUUCGUGAACGUGUGCAUGAAAUAUUCCAAAAAUACUCCAAUACUAUGGGAUGCCCUUGAACAAGUAGAACUCAAAAGCGUAGUGAAUGAAUUGCCUGAAGGUUUAGACAGUAAGGUCAGUGAAGGCGGCUCCAAUUUCAGUGUGGGACAGAGACAGCUCAUAUGUCUUGCUCGAGCCAUAGUACGCAAAAACAAAAUUCUAGUACUAGACGAGGCCACAGCCAAUGUAGACCCACAGACAGAUGCUCUGGUCCAGAAUACCAUAAGACAAAAAUUUUCCAACUGUACAGUAUUAACCAUUGCUCACAGGCUGCACUCCAUAAUGGAUUCAGAUAAGGUGUUGGUAAUGGACGGUGGAGAAGCAGUAGAAUUCGAUCAUCCGUUUAACCUUCUGCAGAUGAAUAGAGGGGUUUUCCAGGAACUUGUUAACCAAACUGGAGCUUCGAUGGCUCAAAAUCUGUAUGCUAUUGCUGAAGAGAACUUUUCGCUGAAGAAGUAAUUUCAUGUUUGAAACAAGGUUGACAAUGUUUCAUGGUGACUUCCAUCAGUUCGGACUCCUAUUGUCUAAUAUGACUUUAAUACAUUUGGAAAUC